AUGAGAGUGGCUCGCUCUUCUGCAGCUGCGAAUGUUGUAGACGGGAGGAUUUACGUGUUUGGAGGCUGCAAUGAGGUUGAUUUUUCGGACUGGGCUGAAGUUUUCGACCCGAAGACCCAAUCUUGGGAUACCUUGCCAAUGCCUGAGGAUCCGGAGAUACGGAAGAACAGAAGGAAGAUCGAAAAAAGUGUGGUGAUGGAGGAUAAAGUUUACGCGGUGGACCAGGAGAAUCAAAGCUUUUACUACUUGCCAAGUGAAGGUAUAUGGAGAAGAGGUAAUCGAGAUUCUAUGCGAGGAAACAGAAACGGUUGGUGUGCCAUAGGGAAAUUGUUAUACUGUUGUGCUAGUCGUUGGAGAAUAUUGUGGUGUGAUCCAGAAGGGUUGGAUUGGAAGGAGGUGAAGGGUUUAGAUGUUGAUAGGUGGUUGGCGAAAAAUAGUGAUAUAAGCAAGUUAAAGCAGCUCGACAUGACUUCAAAUGGUUUCAGCAGAAUGAGCUGCAACUCUCGUGGGAACAUUGUGGUCUUCUGGUUAGUGCCGCUCCCUGAUUAUGAGAUGGAGCUUUGGUGUGCGGAAAUUUCUUUGGAGAGACACGAGGGAGGCGAGAUUUGGGGGAAGAUUGUGUGGGAGGAUGUGGUCUUUGAACUUGAUACUGAUCUCUCAUACACCAUGAAGGUUUUAUAUUCGGUUUCUGUCAAUCUCUGA